AUGUCGGGUAACCUCUUUGAGAAGGCAACACCUGAACUGUGCCCUGCACAACAAGAUGGAAACAGCCACAGCCGUCGCAGAGGCCUGAAACCACAGGGCACAGCAAGUGCAAAGGCUCUUAGCAAAGAGCUAGCUCGGCAGGUUCCAGGGAAAACAGUGCUAACGGAGCUGAAACAUGGAAGCCACUGCUGUGGCCAAGCUCCUGGUGCAUGGACAGCUGGCAAGGGUUUCGUCAACGCGACCCCUCCACGGAAUGUCUCCCCCACAAAGGGGCCAGUGCGUGAAGCUCACCCGACUCUCCUGACGCCAACACGCCAAUUCGGAAAACUUUGGCUUUCAGCAACAACACCAGACUUUCAGUCCUCCAAUAAAGGGCGCUGCUACCUCCUGACCAUCAUCAGCGGAAAAAGGGAAUCCUUUACAUCGCAACCCAAGCGGGCUGAAAAGCUCUCGCUUUCAGGAUGGCAGGUUUCCCGUAUCAUCAAUCACAACAAAGGACGCAUCCCUGUGACUUCACCAGCCCCAGGAAGGGCCGAGACAGACGGGGAGACGAGACAGCGCCUACAUCGCAGGGCUGUGGAGUUUCUCCUUUCCAGCUGCGACUUCUAUUCCAUCACACGCCUCCGCCCGUGCGGACGAUGUGGCCCUAAAAAUAAAACCUCCCGUGGCUCGCGCUCACUUUGCAGCCCAGCCCCGGCGCCCGCACAGAGGGCUCGGCUGCGGGCUGCCAGCCUCGCUCCGCUCCGGAGCCGCCAGCCCCGCGACCGGAGCAGCCCGCUCUGCCGCAGUCCCCGGCCGCCGGAGGGAACCCGGGAACAGCCGGGCGAAGGCAAGACAGGGUCUCACUUUGUAGCCCAGACUGGCCUCAACCACACAGCAACCCUCCUUCCUCAGCCUUCGAAUGGUGGGAUUACAGGCAGGCACCGCACAGCUGGCUUUACCGUCAUUUUUAAUUGUGAUCGUUUUUGUUGCCACUCGCCUUGUAAAUCUUCAAUUAACACUAGAUGAAAUGGAAACUCUAGGAAGCCAGCCUGCAAGCGUUGUGACGUGGGUGAAGAAUUCCUGGGAGGACAUCACGGACAGCUGUGUUACCGAUGCCCUGCGAGCAGGCUGCACUGACAAGGAGUGCGCCUGUAAGGACAGCUCAGUCGCCGGACAGGAGAGAUGGGGGCCAGUGGCUCCACAGGAAGCGGAGUCACAGGAAAAGGCCAGAGUUCAGGCUUUGGAGAGUUAUGAUAACGUUCCAGAAGAAAAUGACAGUCUGUAUUUGAAUAAAUGUAGAUUUUUGUUUGUUUCUGAGACAGGGUCUUGCUAUCGAGUUCAGACUGGCCUGGACU